CUCUUGGAGGACAUUAGGUCCUAUAGCAAGCAGAGAGCUGCCAUUGAAAGGGAGUAUGGGCAGAGAUGAGUCAACCACUGCGAUGCCUGGGGAGUUGGUUUAGAGAGGAACAGGAAGCAAGAAGAGUGGUGGGUAUACCAAAUGUCUUCACUGAGCCACUCACACUGAAGUCUAGGUCUCUGUCCUGGGAGGGUACAGCUAACUCCUCACUGAGCAGUUCGUGAGUAACCAGCGCGGGUUGUCUGCUGUGUGUUGUGUUCCACCUGUCUCUCAAUGCCAUCUGCUGUGUAUAAUCCCAUUACCUAGCUGGGUUUCUCCAGCCUUGAUUAACCUAAAUCACUCUGUUGUCAGCAAAGCUAUCUGGCCUGCCAGGUUAUUAAUAGCCCAGACAGGACUCCAGGCAGCCUUUCUGUUGGAUGUUCACUCGAGUCAUGCUUAUUAUUCUCCACCAAGCUUGAAGUGGGAGGCAGGAAUUUCCAUACUCGCUCAGAUUCCUCAGACCCUAAAAUCUCUUACUCUUAGUCUUGGCUGCAGGAGCAGAAUUUGGAAAAUAGUAAAUUAAAUGGACAAGCUGUUUCAAAAUUACUCUGGUCUCUGGAACAUCACUGGCUUUUCAGCUUGUGCAGGAGCUCUCACCUCUCUCCUUUUAUUUUUUCAUUGCCUUUAUGGAUGCUAGUUGCCUUUCCAGUGCUGUUGUUUGGGCAGACUCUUGGCAGCAGCUCCAUAGUAAAACCUAUACUAGGAGGCUCCUGAGAAUAGAUGUUCCAAUAACCACAAGAUCUGGAACCCUUGUGAGCAUUGAGGGUCAUUGACCUGUACCCUUAGGCCUGUUUUAGGCUGCAGACAUGCCAGUGGAAUUCCUGUUCUACUGGCAAAACUUUAUACCCACACCAAAGCUCUUCUGCAGUGGUGGGGCCCUCUUUCUGCCACAGAGUUGUACCAUUUCUUGCCUAGUGGAGUAAGGUGCUUGCCACCAAUUUGCAGAAAGCAUGUGUAGUUUCUACCGUGGGUUCUGCUAUGGUCCGUUCAGCAACUGAUAUCUUCCUAGGGUGCAUUUCAUGCUAUGGCAGCACAGCUGCUGCAGUGGAGCCACACAGUAUGCACACUGGCAAGCUUAACUAGAGUGAUCUCUUUCGAGUCCAGCAGAGUCAGGCAGAGACUUCGGUGGUUCAGCUCUCUCCUGCUGUCUUCUCUGGUACUCUUUGCAUGUGACCUCGUUGGAUGAAUGGAUUCCAUUCUGGAGGCACUCCAGAGGCUGGCAAGUCAGUUCCUGAAGAGAGACUGGCAACGGGGCCGAAGUGAACUCGGCGACUCCAGGAGUGUCUUUGCAGUCUGGAAGGGUGUGAUUGACAGCACCAUGUGCGUGGGGCAGGCCAGGGUCACAGCCUCAGAGAUCUACCGCAGCAUGGCUCUGGAGGUGGCCAAGACCACCCGCAUGUCCAAGGAGCACCUGCUCAAAAAGAGCAUGGAGCAGUUGCAGAAGGUGCAGGCAGAGUUCCUGGAGACUGUGAAGGAGGUUGACAAGUCCAAGAAGCAGUUUAUGCAUCUGCAGCGGGUCAGCGAGGUGGCCAAGGAGAAGGCAGCUGAUGUGGAGGCCCGACUCCAGAAGAGUGACCAUGGGAUAUUCCAUACGAAAGGCAGUCUGCAGAAACUCAGCACCAAGUUCUCUGGACAACUGGCACAAAAUGCACAGCAGCUGGCAGCAGCACAGAAUGAGUACCUGCUGACCCUGGGGGCUGCAAACGCCCACCUGGAGCACUACUACUGCACAGAGCUGCCCUCAGUCAUGAAGACCCUGGAUGGUGACCUCUAUGAGUGGCUUCGGGACCACAUGACCCUUAUCAGUCAGACAGAAAUUGAGACCUGUCAUAUCACGCAAGAGCGGUUCCAUGGGGUCCUGGAGGCAUCCACGCAGGUAUGCCGGGAGCAGAACCUCCUCCUCUUCCUGCAGGACCACACUGCCUUCACCCUAAUGCCCAAGCAGCACUUCCAGCCUGAGGGCAUCAACAAGGUAUGCCUUCUAGAACCACCAAGUGGCAGCACUGGAGAGAGUGGCCUGGAGAAGGAGGCACGGCGAUGGGCCACCCGGACAGCCAGGGAUUAUAAAAUAAAGACUCAUAGUGGACAGAUGCUCCAGAGGAUGGAAGCCAGGAGGCAGCAGGCCUCAGAGGCAGAGGUGGCAGGCAUGGAGAGGAGGAUGGAGGAAGUGCGAGAGAAUGUCCGGAAAGCAGAGGUCAGCAAAGUGAAGGCUGAUGCCCGGUUGACUCUGCUGCGCCAGACUGGCCUUGAUGUGGAUGCCUGGCUGUCAGGAGCCAUGGGGCAAGUACUGGAGGAGCUAGAGCAGGAGCGGCGGCUGAGUGAGGCCCGCAAGUCUAACAGAGAAUCCACCACCAUGGCAGAAGAGUUCGAUUUGGCAGAGUUUGAAGACUAUGAUGAUGAUGUGGAUCUGUUUGAGGAUACAAGACCCAGCACUGGUACUACCUGUACCUAUCCCUACACCUGCAGGGUUAUCUUUGGGUACCAGCAGGCCUGCCAAGCUGAUGAGCUGUCCAUCUCCCAGGGGGAGGAGCUCGAAGUCACUGAGGAUGGUGACAUGGAAGAAUGGGUCAAGGGGCGCAACAAGGUGGGACAGAUUGGCUACAUACCUGAGAAGUACCUGCUGGUGCUGGACUCCAUGGGGAAUGAGCAGAGGUCUGGGAGCUGGAGGGAGGGCCCCUCUGAGACUGCACUGGACAGGGAGCUCACGAACAUCAUGAACACAGAGUUGGUGCUGGAGCCAGGAGUGUGGCUGGUCCGAGCCCUCUAUGACUAUGAGGGACAAAGUGCUGAGGAGCUGACCUUUCCUGAGGGAGCCAUAAUCCAAGUACUACCCAGGGAAGAGGGGGACGUGGAUGAUGGCUUCUGGAGAGGAGACUUCAAUGGGCGCAUUGGGGUCUUCCCUUCACUGGUGGUGGAAGAAAUAACAAGAGCUGGAGGAGCUGCUGGGCAGGAGCAGGAGCUCUCCUCACCAUCUCCUCCGGCUUUCUCUCCUCCAGUACUUCUGCCUGGUGCCAGGCUGGGCUCCAGUCCUUCUCCAGAAGUGCUGCUAGGAGGCUGCAGGCAGGAUGGUACAGCCAGUGAGCACAGCUCUCCAGACCUGACUGCUGCACGUAUCCGACCGCUUAGAGCACCACCUCCCCCUCCUGCCAAGGCUCCUGAAGCUGAGCCUGAGCUACACCUCAGCUGACUCUGCUCCCAGGACCUGACCCAGAUCCUUUGGCUCCUUCUGAAACAGCCCAAUCCCUCCAGCUUAGAGCUGAGUGCACAGCCUGCAAGUCACCUGAGCCAAACUGCUGUUACAAGAGCCGGUGGAUGGACGAGCUUCCCACUGCUUCAGCAUCUGCCCUUCUACACAGCCAGCAGCAGAACUGCAACUCCAGUAGGGUGCAAGUUUGUCCCCCAUAGCCUCUGCUUCUGCCCUGGCUGUCUUCAUUGUGCCUACCCAAGGACUGCAGGGGUCUUUUAGGGAAUACAGAGCACUGUUAGACAUUGAUUGUUUCUUCCCUCAGCACCAAGGAGGGCUGAAGCGGCAGGUCCCCCCUCUCCCCUCCCCUCCUGCUGGGGACAUCUCCAGCAGAGGCCUCCAUGUAGAAAGUGCUUCACCUGAAGUCUGAAAAGGGGCCAAGUGCCUGGUACCACAGCUGUCUGCUUUCUGCAUUCCAGCCUGCUGGGACACUGUCCCCAAAGGUUCUGUCCUGCUGUGCUCCCAUGCAGUGUGACUCCCAGCUGUCCUGUGAGAGUUGAUCCUGCCCUUCAUGAGCCAGGUAUCUGAGGCUCCUGUUCCCUGCCCCCAACUCCCUUGCUCACAUGCUCUUAGCUGGCAUUUCUGUAUAUUUCUCUUAACAGAUGCUGAGAGCUUAUUCCCUACAGAACUUGUCCUUCUGCCUAGCCUCGGGAUAGAAUCAUAGAAAAUUAGAGUUAGUAGUGUCCUCAGGAGGUCGUCUAGUCCAACCCUUUGCUCAAAGCAGGACCAUCCCCAACUAGAUCAUCCCAGCCAAAGCUUUGUUGAACCAGGCCUUAAAAACCUUCAAGCAUAGAGAUUCUACCACUUUUCUAGAAAACCUAUUCCAGUGCUUCACCACCCUCUUAGGCAGGAAGUUUUUCCUAAUAUCCAACCUAAACUUCCCUUGCUGAAACUUAAGACAACUGCUCCUUGUUCUGUCAUCUGCCACUACUGAGAACAGUCCAGCUCCACCCUCUUUGGAACCACCCUUCAGGUAAAAGCAACUAUCAAAUCCCCCCUCAGUCUUCUCUUCUGCAGACUAAAUAAGUCUGGUUCUGUCAGCUGGGGCGCAUUCCUCAUAAGUCAUGUGCCCCACCCCCUAAACAUUUUUGUUGUCCUACACUGGACUCUACACAAAGGAUGUGGACAAGUUGGAGUGGGGGACCCAAAACUGGACACCAGGUGUGGCCUUGCCAGUGAUGAAUAGAGAGGAAUAAUUACUUCCCUUGAUCUGCUGGCAACACUCUUACUAAUGUAGCCCAGUAUGCUAUUAGCCUUCUUGGCAAGACGGGCACACUGUUGAUAUAUUCAGCUUAUUGUCCACUGUAAGCCCCAGGUCCUUUUCUGCAGAGCUUCCACUUAGCCAGUUGGUCCCAAGCCUGUAGGGGUGCAUGGGACUCUUCUGUCAUAAGUGCAAGACUGUACUUGUUGGACCUCGUGAAACUUCUUUUUGACACAAUCCUCCAAUUUGUCUAGGUCACUCUGAAAUCCUAGCCCUACCCUCCAGUGUAUCUACUACACACUCCAGCUUAGCGUCAUCCACAAAAUUGCUGAGGGUGCACUCCAUCCCAUCUUCCAGAUCAUUAAUGAAGAUACUGAACAAAACUGGCCCUAGGACCGACCCCUGGGACACUCCACUUGAUACCGGCUGCCAAAUAGACAUCAAGCCGUAGAUCACUACCUAUUGAGCCCAACAAUCCAGCCAGCUUUCUACCCACCUUACAGUCCAUUUACCCAGCCCAUACAUCCUUAGGUUGUUUGCAAGAAUGCUGUGGAAGACUAUCAAAAGCCUUAUUAAAGUCAAGGCCAGGUUCUUUGGGUAGAUGUGAUAUCUUUUACUAGACCAACUGAGUAGUUGGAAAAAUGUUCUUUGCAAGCUUUUGUGCACAAUCACACUCCUUCAGGCAUAGGAACAGAAGAGACUCCCUGUGCCUGAAGAAGGGUGAUUGCACCCAAAGAUAUCAGAUUCACCCAAGGAACCUUGUCUGCCUAUGUCCUUAGACCAACACAGCUACAACCUACACCCCUAGAAAUGGUAGAGAUAGACAUAGUACAUGGUGUUGCUAUCAAGGGCUGCAGUAGCUGGGCCUCACCCUGCUGGACUCAGCAGGAGCUGCUUCUGCAGAACAGCUGUUCUUCCAUGGUCCUACUCCCUGCCCCCUGGGGGAAUGGGUUCCUGAGAGUCCACCCUACUGCCAGGAGCUCAGGCCCAGUUCCUGUGUCCAAAUAAAACCAGUUCUGCAUA